GCGGCUGGAGUCGGGCCGGCCGGCGGGAUGUGGGGCGCGAGCCGCGGCGGGGUGGCGGGGCCGAAGCUGCUGGGGCUGCUAUUGGUGCUGUCCGUGCGGAGCGGUGGCGCGUCCAAGGCCAGCGCGGGGCUCGUGACCUGCGGGUCAGUGCUGAAGCUGCUGAACACCUACCACAAAGUGCGGCUGCACUCACACGACAUCAAAUACGGAUCCGGCAGCGGCCAACAGUCGGUAACCGGCGUGGAGGCGUCAGACGAUGCCAAUAGCUACUGGCGGAUUCGCGGCGGCUCGGAGGGCGGGUGCCCGCGCGGGCUCCCGGUGCGCUGUGGGCAGGCAGUGCGGCUCACGCACGUGCUCACCGGCAAGAACCUGCACACGCACCAUUUCGCGUCUCCGUUAUCCAACAACCAGGAGGUGAGUGCUUUUGGUGAAGACGGUGAGGGUGACGACCUGGACCUGUGGACAGUACGGUGUUCUGCGCAGCACUGGGAACGUGAGGCCAGCGUCCGCUUCCAGCACGUGGGCACCUCGGUGUUCCUGUCCGUCACCGGCGAGCAGUACGGCAACCCCAUCCGCGGGCAGCACGAGGUGAGCGGCAUGUCCAGCGCCAACGCUCACAACACAUGGAAGGCCAUGGAAGGCAUCUUCAUCAAGCCUGGCACAGAUGCCUCCACAGGUCAUGAUGAACUCUGAGAGCCUGGCGGGAGGAGAAUCCACGGGGCCAUCUGCCGGGAGACUGCAGGGGCCCUCAAGUGCCUUUACGAUUACAGAAUGUUGGUUUGUGAUUACCUUUGCUGCAGCCCUGGGGAAGACCCGAAGGUGCCAGCCAUGCCUGUCCAGGUUACCAUCUCACCUGUCUCUAAGUACCUGCUCAACCUUUUCUUUCUUUCUUUCUUUUUUGUUUUUUGAGACAGUUUCACUAUGUAGCCCUGGAUGGCCUGGAAUUCACAGAGAUCCACCUGCCUCUGCCUCCUGAGUGCUGGGAUUAAAGGCAUGCGCUACCAUACCUGGUCCCAAACUGU